AAAAAACAAUAAUCAAAAUUGAUUCUCCGGCGAACUCUCCGAACCUCCGUGGGGAUUGAUUCUGUGAGAACGAGUCAUAUCGAUUUUAGGGUUUAGGUGUUAUGGAGAACCAGGAAUCGGACGAGCCGAUGCAGAAGAAGCCUCAUCUUCUGGACUCCGUUUCUCCCACUGCCGCCAUGUCCCUUAGUUCUUCACCUUCUCGCCCCGUCGCCAAAAGUGUUGAUGCCACGGUUCUACAGUUAGAGAAUCAGAAACUGGUCCAGCAAUUAGACCUGCAGAAGAAACGUAUGUACGAUGUUGAGACCAAGAUCCAAGAGUUGCAUCUCAACCAAACCUCUUAUGAUGACCAACUUGUCUCUGUUAACCGCCUUUGGAACCAGUUGGUAGAUGAUCUGGUCUUGCUUGGAGUUCGUGCUGGAGCUAAUCAUGAGGCUCUCAAAUACUUGGACAUUGCAGAUAAAAAGCGAGGUUCAGUUCCUCCAUGCGCUGCUGAAGAAAUGUUUCUAUGUAGACUUCUUCAAGUAGAUUCCAUAGGUACUAGUAAUUGUGAUGAGGUAGUAAGAAAGGUUGAAGAAGGUCUUGCUCUGCGUCAUUCCUCUACGGUGGAGUUGAUGGGUGUCUUUGAAAACAACAUUGCUUCUCAGAGGGCCAAAGCUGAAAGCAUAUCACAAAAUUUACUUGCUGUGAAAUCUGCAGAAGAUGCCACUGUUCAGUUGUCCAGCAUUAACGAUUUAAUGAAAGAGGAGGCCAAAAACUUGCGUGAGAUGAUUGAUGUUUUAAAUGCGAGGCACAAAGAACAUACUGAGCAGAUUCAGGCGUAUGUAAGCAGCCAUUCAACAGAUCAGUCCGAGCUUAAACACCUCAAAGGUGAACUGGAAGAGAUCAAGGCUGAGCUUGAAGAAAAUAGAAGAAAAUUGAUAAACCUGAAAAUGCAGAAGGAUGCUGCAUGUGAAGGUCAUGUAACAUCACCAGCGGUAGCUAAUGGAAGCGUCUCUCCUGAGAAGCCUGUAGAUAAAACGAAGUUGCGUGAAUUGAAGGACUCAAUUGAUGAAAUAAAGGCAGUGGCAGAAGGUCGUCUGUCUGAGCUCCAAGCUGCACAAGAGUAUAAUCUUUCCUUGUCAAGACAGUGUCAAGAUAUUGAGAAUGAACUAAAGGAUGAUCAGUAUAUAUACUCGUCUAGACUGUAUAGCUUGAUCAAAGAUCAACUUAAUCACUGGAAUUUGGAAGUGGAUCGGUACAAAGUUUUGACCGAGGCCGCUCAGGCUGAAAGGUCCUUUGUAAUGAGACGGGAGAAGGACCUAACUAAGGAAGAAUCCCUGGAGGCAGCUAAACAGAAGAUAACUACUGUUGGUUCUCGAAUUGAAGUGCUGGAACAGAAGCUGCAAAGUUGUAUAGUUGAAAAGAAUGGACUAGAGCUUGAAACAGAAGAAGCUAUUCAAGACUCUGGUGAUGGUCACUCCAUUUCAGUACUC